UCCCCGUCUUGUCCCCAUACACCUACACGUUCUCGUUAAGACAUGAUUCUCGGACACAACGCCGUCAUCCUUAUACUCGCUCUCUGUGUAAUACUACACACUACUACCGGCAAGUCUAUCGUCGUCAGACGAAGUGCUGAUGGCAACGACAGCGACAACGAUAAUGACGAUACCAUUGACAACGAGAGCGACGACGGCGUUGACGAUGACGACGACGACAAUGGUAUCAUGGAUAUAACUAAGGACGUCCUGGGUGGUCUCAUUGGUGGCUUAGAAGACAAUUCUUUUGCCGAGGCCAUGAAAAACAUCAGCAACGAGAUAGAUGAGUACUUAGAGAAAGUGCCGGAAGAGGAUAAAAAUGAAACAAUAGAGGUGGGGACAAUAGACGGGUAUGACGUGAAGACGAAGAAAACUAUCAUUACCGGAUCAGUUGGUGGAAAAGACGCAGAACUUCAUAUAGAACAGACCAAGGUCAUUGGCAAGCAUGAAUCUGAAGGAAAUGAUGAUGAUGAUGAUGAUGAUGGCAAUGAUAAUGAUGAAGAAGAUGAAGAACUCCCUGACACUGAUGCCUAGGCUGGUACUGCAAUAAGAAAUUGCAUUAUAUUUAUAUGUUGUAAACCAUUAUGGAAAGGGCGUUUAUAAGUUGCAAUAACUUGUGUCCAAUCC